AUGUUCCCGAGGGAGCCUGUGCUGCUGGGGCUCCUGGUGCUGGGGCUGCAUGUUGGCAGCUGGGACUUCGAGGAUGUUAGUAAGAGCACGAAUUUCUUCAGCAUGUGUGUGGAAUUCGCUGUGUUUCACUUCAACGAGCACCAUCCUGAUGAGUACGCUUACAAGCUGAUGUGGGUGGGGAGGAGCCAGCGCAAGAAGCUUAGCUGGACAUAUUUAAUGGACCUGAAGCUGGGCCGCACGAUUUGUAGAAAACAUGACGAAGACAUUGACAACUGUCCCCUGCAGGAAGGCCCGGGAGAGAAGACGGUGAGCUGCACUUUCGUGGUGGACUCGCAACCCUGGAUCACCCAGUUCACCCUUGUGAACAGCACCUGCCAGCAGAACCAGGGGAAGGGGCCCCCAUCUCCCGCAGCAGACCCUCUUCCUCUGGAUGACGUUCUGGGGUCCUAG